ACUGCGCGGAAAAAAAGUGCUGCUCGGAUAAGCCGCUGGGAAAGGACUAGUGGAGAAGGCGAGGAAGCGCGCUACCCGUGAGGCGACUCCAGCGAUAAACAGAGGUGGAGAGAAACAGAUCUUAUUUUGGUCAUCGCUCCUGCACACUUACUGGUUGCAGUGUCCAGCUCAGAGGUCAGGCAGAGGACAAGUGGUGACAGGACAGGAGUGGAAACUGGACCUUCUCCUGAGGCCUGCGGUUGUGUCCAGUGUCCAAGCCUGCGAUUGUGUCCAGUGUCCAGGCCUGGGGUUGUGUCCAGUGUCCAACCCUGCAGUUGUGUCCAGACCUGUGGUUGUGUCCAGUGUCCAGGCUGCUGUUCUCGUGCUCUGUCCCUUUGGAGCUCAUCCAGGACCCUGCUUGUUGGAUGCCCAGCUCUGCGACGCGGCCCUGACUAAGCAGCGAGACACAGAGAGAGAGAGAGAGAGAGAGAGAGAGAGAGAGAGAGAGAGAGUGAGAGAGAUGGGACGGAGCUCUUGCAGGAGAAUGCCUGUGGUGGCGACGGGCCGGAUGACGACCGCUGCGGGACUGCUGCUUGUGUUCCUGAGUCACAUGGUCGCUCCUCUGGAAGUGCCUCUGGACCCUAAAGUUCUGGAAGGAUUACCGCAGCCACCCACCAUAACCCACGAGUCCCCGAAAGACUACAUCGUGGACCCACGGGAGAACAUCGUCAUCCGCUGUGAAGCCAAAGGAAAGCCCCAUCCUAGCUUCUCGUGGACGAGGAACGGGACGCAUUUCGACAUCGACAAGGACCCAAAAGUGAACAUGAAGCCCCACUCAGGCACACUGGUCAUCGACAUCAGCGGCAAGGACAAAGCCGAGGCGUACGAGGGGGUGUACCAGUGCACGGCCCACAACGAGCACGGGACUGCAGUUUCCAACAACAUCGUCGUACGCCAGUCCAGGUCCCCCUUGUGGUCAAAGGAGAGUAAUCCACCAUUCGUAGUGCAGGAAGGGGCAUCGCUGGUCCUGAAGUGCAGACCGCCCGCUGGACUGCCCCCACCCAUCAUCUUCUGGAUGGACAACAACUUCCAGAGGCUGUCGCUCAGCCGGCGUGUGUCUCAGGGCCUGAAUGGGGAUCUGUAUUUCUCCAACGUGGAGAUGUCGGACUCGCGCAGCGACUACAUCUGCUACGCCCGCUUCCCCCGCACGCAGACCAUCCAGCAGAAGCAGCCCAUCACCGUGCGCGUGGUCAACAUGGAUGCAAUCAAUGAAACAUGGCCAGGUUUUUUGAAUGAGACUGAUUUUUUUGGUGACGGGCAGACGGAAGAGCGCCGUCCAUCCUUCCAGGUGCCGUCGGGCCCCAGCAGCUCCAUGAUGGUCCUGCGAGGGCAGCUUCUGGAGAUGGAGUGCAUCGCUGAAGGCCUGCCCACUCCUGAGAUUACCUGGUCCAAGGUCAGUGGGGAGUUGCCCAGCAACCGGGCCACCUACCUCAACUUCCACAAGACGCUGCGCAUAGCGGCCGUGACGGAGGCGGACUCUGGCCAGUACCGCUGCACGGCCAAGAACACGCUGGGCUCCAUCCACCACGUCAUCACCGUCACUGUUAAAGCGGCUCCCUACUGGAUUGAGGCUCCUCAGAACCUGGUGCUGGCCCCCAGGGAGAAAGGCCAGUUGAUCUGCCGCGCCAGUGGCAACCCCAAGCCCUCCGUCAGCUGGUUCAUGGACGGCCUGCCCAUCCACAAUGCUCCGGAGGACUCCCGCAGGAAGGUGGAGGGCGACACCAUUAUGUUUGAGGACGUGGUGAGCGGCUCCAGUGCUGUGUACCAGUGCAACGCCUCCAACGAGCAUGGCUAUCUGCUGGCCAACGCUUUCGUCAAUGUGCUGUCCGAGCCCCCCAGGAUGCUGACCCCACCCAACAAAGUGUACCAGGUCAUCAUGAACCAGCAGGCCGCACUGGAGUGCUACUCAUUUGGCUCCCCCAUACCCAAAAUCACAUGGUUUAAGGAGAACCAUACCAAUGCUGCCCUGGAGGGCGACCCCUACAUCUUCUAUGAUAACGGCACGCUAGUGAUCCCAGUGGCCCAGGCCACGAGCAGUGGCAAGUACACCUGUGUGGCCCUAAACAUGCUGGGCAAAUCAGACAAUCACGUCCACCUGGAGGUCAAAGAGCCGACCCGUAUCUUGAAGCAGCCCGAGUAUAAAGUGGUGCAGAGGAACCGAGACGUGGUGUUUGAGUGUCCGGUGAAACACGACCCCUCCCUCAUCCCCACCAUGAUCUGGCUGAAGGACAACGGAGAGCUGCCGGACGAUGAGAGGUUUGUUGUUGACUCGGACAGUCUGACCAUCACCAAGGUGACGGAGAGCGAUGCAGGAACGUACACGUGCAUCAUGAACACCACUCUGGACCAGGACUCCGCCAGCGCUGACCUCAGGGUCGUCGAGGUCGCCUAUGAGCAACCUGACCCCCCCAGUGACCUGGAGCUCACUGACCAGAAGCCGAGGAGCGUGCAGCUGACCUGGAUCCCAGGAGAUGACCACAACAGCCCCAUUAAGAGAUUCCUUAUUCAAUAUGAGGAUUCUCUCCAUGACCGUGGGAGCUGGCACAACCUGACGGAGGUCCCAGGCACAACGACCACGGCCCACCUCAAGCUGUCUCCCUUUGUCCACUACAAGUUUAGGGUGAUGGCUCUGAAUGAUGUUGGCUACAGCCUCCCCAGCCCGUCCUCCAGACACUACAAAACCAGAGCAGCAGCACCGGAUGUAAACCCCACAGGAGUCGAAGGCCUGGGAACUCAACCAGACAACCUAGUUAUACACUGGAAGCCACUGACCGGCCUGCAGUCCAACGGCCCCGGGCUUCAGUAUGUUGUUUACUGGAGGCAGAAGUAUGUGGAUGAAGAUUGGCACUCGGUAAAAGUAGCCAACGUGUCCAAGUUCACCGUCCAGGGGACCCCGACGUUCACACCCUAUGAGGUGAAGGUGCAGGCUGUUAAUGAGCACGGCUCUGGACCUGAGCCACUGCCCUUCACCGCAUACUCCGGGGAGGACUUGCCAAAGGCAGCCCCUGACAAUGUCCAGGUCCAGGUGAUUAACAGCACCUUGGCCCAUGUGCACUGGGAGUCCGUGCCCCUCAGCUCUGUCCGGGGACACCUCAAAGGCUACAAGGUGUACUACUCGCGCAAGGGCAGUCUGCACAAUCACAGUCCGCACCAUUCGGAACAACAGGUCCUCACCUUCAGUGGGAACCGGACUCACGGCAAACUGCCCGGUCUGCACCCGUUCAGCCGUUACGCGCUCAACGUCCGCGUGUACAACGGACGAGGAGAAGGACCCGCCAGCAGUGACGAGGACUUUGAGACUCCGGAGGGAGUGCCUGGGCAUCCAGCGUUCCUGAGAGUGGUCAACCCCAGCCUGGACUCCCUCACGCUGGAGUGGGGCCCUCCGCACGACCGCAACGGACGGCUGACGGGCUACACGCUGAAAUAUCAGCCAGUUAAUAACAGCAAUGAGCUGGGCCCAUUGAAGGAGGUCACAGUGGCAGCCAAUGAGACAAGCUUCACGCUACCCAACCUCAAGUACAGCACACGCUACAAGUUUUAUUUCAAUGCCAAAACCCAAAAGGGCCCUGGCCCCACCAUCACCCAGGAGGCCGUCACAGUCAUCGACGAAGGACACCCAGAACCCCCACCACCACACCCACACCCACUCUCCCCAACCUCACAGUCUGAACGCCACCCCCACCACACGGCGCGUCCAGCUGUUCCAGUGUCCUGGAACGUGAGCUCGUCCCUGGUAGAGGACGGAGCUCUUAUCAGUUGGGAGUACUGGGGACCCGAAAAGUCAGUUUAUGUGGAAUAUGUAGAAGACAGUAACGAAGAAAAGAGGAAAAGAGAGCUUGUGAAUGGCUCGCAGUCCUAUGUUCUAAAGGGCCUGAAGGAGGGCCUGGCUUACAGAGUUCGCGUGGUGGCUUGGGGCCACGCUGAUCAAAUGGUCCACAGUUCGGAAGAAAUUUGGGUUACCGUUCCAGCCAUGGCCAGCAGGCAGGUGGACAUCGCUACACAGGGCUGGUUCAUUGGCCUCAUGUGUGCCAUCGCUCUCCUCAUCCUGGUCCUCCUCAUCGUCUGCUUCAUCAAGAGAAAUAAGGGAGGCAAAUACCCAGUAAAAGAGAAGGAAGAUGCCCAUGCUGACCCAGAGAUCCAGCCCAUGAAAGAUGAGGACUGUACUUUUGGAGAGUACAGUGACCAUGACGACCAUAAACCGUUAAGAGGAAGCCGCACUCCGUCCAAUGGGACGGUAAAGAGAGACGACAGUGACGACAGUUUAGUUGACUACGGGGACGGCGGCGACGGACAGUUCAACGAGGACGGCUCGUUUAUCGGGCAAUAUAGCGGCAGGAAGGAGCGGGACACGGCUGAGUGCGUUGAGAGCUCCGAAGCGCCGUCCCCCGUUAACGCCAUGAAUUCUUUUGUGUAACGCGGCCGAACCGGGGGCAAGCGUGCACCAUGGCGCUAAUGUUUCCGAUAAAGCUGACUGACCGCGCUAUGGACAGACCCUCUUUUGAGUGCCCAUUUUAAUAGAUACAAAGACAGAUGGACAACAGUCAAAGAGACAGAGGAACAUUUUGGUGUGGUGGGGGGGGGGAGAGAAAGGAGUGCACUGCAGGUUGCUAAAUGGAAAGCAGACCACUGGCUUUUGAGAGUCUUACAUUAUUAGCUUUCCUUUUAUUCAGUAUUCAGCUAGUGUUGCCUAACAUCUGCCCAUCCUCUGCCCAUCACUUCCAGUGACCAAUAGGGGCGUUAGCACUACUCAGUCAUGUGAUCAUAGGCAUUCCAGUUCCUUUACGUGGUUGCUCAACAGGCCUGCUUAUGGUGCAGUUCUCUACAAAGUGACUAGGAAUGCAUUCAGGUUCUACAUACUGUAUAUGAAAGGCAGAGAUGUCAUAAUGUACAUUUUUGUGAGAAACUAAAGUUAUUAUUAUGUCUUUUUUGUCAAAUGGCAGAUAUUUCUAUACGGUUGCCAUGAAUAGGGAUAUUGUUGGACACUGGGCGAUGUAGGAAAGCGUGCACUCUUAAGUGCCCACCCCACCUUGGUUUCUAUUCACUCCUGAGAAGCUCACAUUGCUGCUGCAUGUUCAGCCAUGGAGGCGCUGACCCCUGCAUGACCCCAGACUCAGAGCCCAUCUUCAUGACCGUGACCUGCAUGUGACCUUGUACGGUUUCCAUGGGCACGAGUGCAGCCCACAGAUGAGAGGAUUAAGGAAGGACCAGGGUAUCCCAAACUGACCCAACCUAGUGCAGGGUGGCCUUCAGCAUAUAGUGCCUUUGUAGAGAGCUCUGCUUCUAGACUCCUUUCCAAUAAGCUUCAGCCUCUGAGCUCAGUACCAGUUUCUCAAGGACAUGGCUUUGGCAUUGUAUGACUGAUGCAGGCUGGCUGUGACUACAUAUUCUAAUCUGCAAUAUUAAAUACAUGUAGGUGAAGAUGAGGUGCCUCUAUUGAAUACUAUGACACUAUUGGCACAUGCAUUUUUAAUGAUUCUGUCUAUGCUUUUUUGGUGUCUAAAUAUCUGGUUGGUUUGCGCGUGUGUGUGUGUUUGCGUGUGUGAAUGGAUGACUGUGUAGCUGGGUGAAUAAGACUGAAAUGGGGUGAGGGGGAAUUGUCUGUUUACUUUUGGUUUCAUACAACACUUUUUUUUUCAAAUGUAGAAUUCCAUGUCCAUUGACAUCAACACCAAGGACCUUGCUUGGGGAAUGGAAUUGACUUUUGUGAUUUUUUUUUUUUUCAUAACUUGCAUCAAGUUUUAAGUUAGAGUUCGGUUGUAAGCAUUUUAUAUGUAGAUAUGUUGUUGUUUUGUAAAUAUGUGGACUUGUUGGGCCUAGGAGACAGAGUGGAAAGCCUAACACUGAUGAAAGAUGAAGAUAUGACCUGUUGAUGGUGUUGUGUUCAAUAUUAUCUUCUUCUUUCUGAGCGUUGUGUUUUGCAGUAUGCAUAGUGGGUGCUUUUUCAUUACCCUCUCAAAAUUAUGUCAAAGAUUUCUCAGCUAUGACAGUGUUUCUUUUUUCCCCACAGCUCCUCUGUGUGUGUGUUAGAGUAAUACAGCUCUGGUAAAUUGCCACAUUCAUGUGCAGUAUGGGGCUAGGGAAGGUAGCUGUUCAGGCUUCAGAGCAGACUGCUCCAUGGAAACAGGAUUCACGCAUGGCAGAUGAUCUGGGGAUAUGGUGGGACUUAGCUUGUCUCCUUUUUCUCAGGGUGGAUUGCAAGCAUGCAAUUGGUUUUAAAGGCAAAUGCCAGUGAUUUUCUGAAAAAUGAUGCAAUUUAUUGCUCAUAUAGAAGUAAAUAAAUGUAUGGUGUUCAGAAUAAACUGGGCUAUUCUAAAGGCGCCCAAGUAUGCAGAUCCAGAUCCAGGCAGCAGAGUAACAAACUGGAGUGACUGGAGCCUGAAGUUUAUACUCAAGCAACAUUAGGCUGCUGUGAUGCUAAUACAUAUGCUAACUGGUUAUAUGCUAACUGGUGAUACAUAUGCUAAAUAGUGAUACAUAGGUGAUACAUAUGCUAACUGGUGAUACAUAUGCUAACGCUAACUGGUGAUACAUAUGCUAACUGGUGAUAUAUAGGUGAUACAUAUGCUAACUGGUGAUACAUAUGCUAACUGGUGAUACAUACAGUAGGUGAAACAUAUGCUAACUGGUGAUACAUAUGCUAACUGGUGAUACAUAGGUGAUACAUAUGCUAACUGGUUAUAUGCUAACUGGUGAUACAUAACUGGUCAAGCUUUUAUUUGUGGCCAUUGUGCAAAGGUGCAAACAACAAGGCAAACAACACCAUUGCAAAUCCAUCCCCUCUGGAAUAGUCUAAUUUAUUCUGAAACUCAACACAUUUGUAUACACUUUGCUGAGCAUUAAAUCAGGUAACUUUGAAAAAUACCAGGUGUUUCCUUUAAAGACCCCUCGGAAGGCCACUGCCCUAAUUACCACUAUGCCCCACAAAGUGCCAGUGAGGCUUACUGCCACAGCAUCUCCUCCUGGAUGCCCCAUGGGUUGCUUCAUGUGUAUUGGAUUUUGUAUUAUACUGAUGACACAAUGUCAUUUUCUGGAGUUUACUAACAGUUUUAUUUUAUGUGUUUCUCUUUAUUUAAGUUCCUCCAUAUGCGAGUUUGAGAAUGAAAUUUGAGAAAUUCUAAAUACUGUAUAAUGAUGAAUGAAUAAAUAUAAUGAUCUGUAAA